CUGGCUCUCUCCACGCCCGCUGCCCUUCGCAUUGCAUCCCCUCGCUCCACCCCGCAUCCCGUCUCGGCCGCGCCGCCAUGGCCGUCCCAACGCCCCCAAUCCCGCCCGUCUCGCCAGACUCGGGCCCAACCGACCCUACGCUACCUAAGCUCCCUGCAGGCUGGAUAGCGCAGUGGGAUAACACAUCCCGAAAGUACUACUAUGUCCAGAUCAGCACUGGCGUCUCGCAAUGGGAACUGCCUACCAGCGAAGCCCCCAUAGGCGCCAGCUCCAACCACAGCACACCCGCGCAACACACGAAUCCAUACCACACUCCAGACGGCUCCCGAGGCCCAAACGCAGCUGACGGAACACGAGGCAUGGGCGACGGUCAGACAGGCGACAGGGGCGGCGGCUUGGGCGGCUUCGCCAUGAACGCGCUCAUGGGCGGCAACAAGCAAAACAAUGGUGGUGGUGGUGGCGGUGCUGGAAACCUCGUUGGCCAGCUCGCAGGUUCAUUUCUGGGAGGCGGAAAGCAACAUGGAAGUUCUGGUGGCAACUCAGGUGGUGGUGGUAGUGGCGGCGGCGGUGCUGCAGGCCUCGUCGGCCAGCUGGCUAGCGGUUUGCUAGGCGGUGGAAAGCAACAUGGAAACUCGUCUGGAGGCCAGCAAGGCGGCAACUCUGGCCAUGGAUCAAGCGGUGGUGGUGGCGGCGGCGGCCUCGCAGGCAUGCUGAGCGGCGCGUUGGGUGGAGGCUCUCACAACAAGCCCAACAACGACUACGGCUACAGCAACUCGGGCCCCCCGUCAGGCGGAGCAUACACGGGCACCGCGCCGCCAUCCUCGUACAACCCUGGCGCUCAGUAUGGCAGCGGUGCUCCAAGCCACUCGAGCCACUCAUCUACAUCUGGACCAUCAUACGGCCAAGGACAUGGCGGCGGCUAUGGCUCGCAACAACAUACUCCACAGCCGCAGCAUGGACACGGCUAUGGCUCGCAAGCUGGUUUUGGCGGACAGUCAGGUUAUGGUGGACCAGCCCCCAGCUACGGUCAAUCACAGUCAUCACCAGCCCCCGGUGGUUACGGCCAGCAAGCUGGUUAUGGAGGUCCUGCAUACGGCGCACCUGCAGGCCCGUAUGGCGGUCCAGGAAACUACGAUAACCACCAGCACAACCAGUAUGGUGGUGCCCCUACACAUCAAAACCAGAACGCAUACGGAGGCCAACAGUACCCUCCACCCCCCGGCCAUGGGUCCGGCUAUGGCGGUCAACAGGGUCACCAUGCUCCCCAGCCCGGAUGGCAGUAAGCCUCUUGUAACAAUGGCGGGACGACAAUGUAGGAAAUAGCUGGAGGGGUUGUUUGCCAUUCUUCAUCGCGGGUACGGACUUCGGAAAGGAUUCAGCGUGGGACAACUAUUCAAGGUAUUUUUCUUUCCAUGUGUGGAUAUAGGGGGAUACCGUGGCUUUCUCUCUCCCUCUCUCUCUCUCUCUCAUUCACUCUCACAAAUCAUGCGCACUUGUUAUUUUUACUCUUCCAAAUUGUGUGUAGACUUGAAUUACUACUUGUUUUUUGC